GGGGCCAGUGGGGUGCCAGCCGCACAGAUAGGCCCUGCUCCGCCGCUCCGCCUCCGCCCGCCGCGUAGCGUAGCUAAGCGUAGCGAGCGUAGCGACCCCGACGUCCCCGACGCGCGACGCGGCACCAGGCAGCAGCCGACGGCCAGACAGACGCCGACAUGCAGCGAGCAAGCAGCAUCGCCUUCGCAGUCCUGCUGGCAGCGGCCUUCUGUGCACAGCUGCAGCUGCAGGUGUCGGCGGCGCGGCCCAGCUGCGACGUCGGCCAGCACCAGGCGGGCUGCCGCAUCCACGUGGGCAUGUGCGUGUGCGGCAUCGGGUGCCGCAACGAGUACCAGUACUCCGACAAGGAGGAGUGCAUGAAGGCCCUCAAAGGCCAGCGGCUCAACCAGUGCGGCGAGACCCCAUGCAAGCACGGCGGCGCCUGCAGCCAGACGACCAUGGACCCCGGCUUCAAGUGCCGCUGCGAGGGCACGGGCUUCUACGGACCGCGGUGCCAGUACCCGUGCCCCAGCCCCGGGUCCCCGGGCUCCGGGAGGCCCUUCCCCUACGAGUGCGUCCUCAUCUGACGCCCUGGGGGACCGUGACGCCCUGGCGACGCCACGCCCUCACUGCACUCCACUCCCCUGCCGUCUUCAACUGCCGUCUCAACGGUGUCACCCCAAGACGCCGCCCUCGACGCCCUCGACGCGCGCACUGCGCAGGACAGACAGUCCCAGGACAGGUGGCAGGCCAAGCCCUCCCCCGCCUCCCCUUCCACAGGCCGCAGGUGCACAAAGGAUCGGCUCAGCCUUGCCUCCCAUCAGGUGAGGUGAAGAGCAAAUCCAGUAAUGUUACACUUUUGGUUGAAAUGCUGAAGACAGAGACUGACGAAUGCACAGGAAGGGAAUAUUUUGUAUAAUGUGGUUUCGAGGGCCGGCAUGCUGACUUAGACUUGACACUCGACUAGUAAGAAUUUGAACGUAGCUUAAUGUUAUCAUUCAGUGACUGCAAGCUUCAAAAUAUAAUUCUAUCUCAAUCUAUUUGUUUACUAGUAAGAUUGGAGAGGCACGUGUAGUUUUCUGACCCUGCCAACCUUUCAACAAUUAUAAGUGGUGUGCAUAUUGUGAUUGUUAUUUAUUUAUGUCUACUAAGUAGAUUGACUGACAUGUAUCAUUGAGAUACUAAGUGAAUAAAUGAUCUACUUCUAUUCUA